CACACACAUCGUCUUCAGCCCGUCCUAGCAGUCACCAUCCUCAGCCCGUCCCCACUCAGCCAACAUGAAGCUCGUAGUCCUCGCCUGCCUCGCCGCCGUCGCUGUCGCCGCCCCGCAGUUUGGUCGACAGUUCGCCCCUGAGACUCGACCAGACUACCGGCAUAUUGCUAUCAUAAGGGACAACCGGCAGGAUAACGGCGACGGCAACUUCAACUACGACUUCGAGACUGAGAAUGGCAUCAUCAUGAACGCUGUUGGCACCCCAGGCUCCAAGGGCCAGAGCAACAUCCAGGGCUCCUACAGGUUCCCCCUCCCUGACGGCACCGUGGCUGAGGUACGUUAUGUUGCUGACGAGAACGGCUACGUUGCUGAGUCCCCCCUCAUCCCCACCCCUCACCCCCUCCCCGCCCACGCCAUCGAGCAGAUCCGCAUCGCCGAGGAGCAGCGCGCCCAGGGCAUCGUCUGGGAUCAGUAUGGGUUUAGAGUGAACAGGAAAUGAAGGGAGUAGGACUAAGGACAAGAUGUAUCAUGCCGUCAGGAACCCUAGUGAAGAGGACCACGUGACGGUGAAGACGACGUCUACCAAGAGGAACAGGAAGUAGCUGCCUUGAGCCACUAGAGUCCACCACUACGCUUGCUGCAGAAUACUUAUUGUUCCAACGAAAUAAAAUCUUGUUUAUAUUAAA